GCGCAAGAUGAAGAACCCAUUUCAACUCGGUGUAGGACUUCGUAUCAGCUCACUGUCACACAUGGUAAAGAAGCCACAUUCUGCAGUAGGAUACUUAACUGCACCAGCUGAUCAGGCACAUUGCCCCAAUAACAGAUCUCGCACUACCAUAGGUUCUCAGGACUUGAAACGAGGGCAUGACAGGAGGAAAGAAGGGAUGCUCACAAGGAUCAAUAGCUUGUGAAAGAAAGCUGACAGCUUUGCCAACGGUGUUAAGGAGCAUGUGAGACUGGGACUGAAGAUCAGUGAGAGGAUGAAAGGCAAGUUGAGCUUGGGGGCUAAGCUUCUUCAAGGUGGAGGGGUGGAGAGAAUCUUCAGGCGAUUGUUCAGUGUUGAUGUGGAUGAGAAGUUGUUGAAGGCCUCACAAUGCUACCUCUCUACCACGGCUGGUCCAAUUGCAGGGCUUUUGUUCAUGUCGAGCUGCAAGCUCGCGUUCUGCAGUGAGAGGUCAAUCAAGUUCUCGUCACCGGAUGGGGAAUCGAUCAGAGUGCGGUACAAGGUAUUGAUUCCACUCUGCAAGAUCGAAAGAGAGUGCGAAUGCAAAGAGACCGUCUCAGAAGUACGUGGAAGUUGUGACUGGACAAAUUUGACUUCUGGUUCAUGGGGUUCCUGAAUCAUCAGAAAGCUUUCAAACACCUUCAACGGGCCAUCUCGAUGAACCAGAGAUUUGGGUACUAGUUGUAAUUAGCUAGGUGAUGGGGGUGAUGAGUUAUUGUACAAUUUUUAUGAGUAGGAAAUUUUCUUCUAGUAUAUCAUCAUCGAUCAAGUCAAAUGGAAAAUCUUGAGUUUCAUCACUAAAUCUGAU